AUGGUUACAUGCAAUUCACACUUCUAUGGUUCUGCUCCUUCACUUCUUCCUAUCUCGGUUCGAAAGUUCCAAAGUUCUUGUGAAUAUCACUCCAUAGCCUCUUUGAAAUUCACUCAAGUCUCAGCAAAAGAGAAGAAGACAAAACCAAAGGUGCCUCCAAUCCAAAAUGAACUUCACAUCAACCUUGUAGAAACACAACAGCUUCAUUGCCAGUUGCUCAAGAACUGUUCCGAUUGCGCUUAUAGACUCACUUUUCCUGCGCUUAAGUCCUACUCGAGCAAUGCAGCUCUUUACAGCUUCUUGAUAACAUCUUACAUUAAGAACAAUUGCCCUGAAGAUGCAGUGAAAAUAUAUAUCCAUAUGCGAAAAACCGAUGCCAAAAUUGACAAUUUCAUCAUACCAUCAGCUCUCAAAGCAUGCUGUGUUGUCCCUUCAGCUCUGCUAGGACAAGAGGUGCAUGGUUUUGUGGUCAAGAAUGGAUUUCAUAGUGAUGUUUUUGUCUGCAAUGCAUUGAUGAUGAUGUACAGUGAGGUUGGAAACUUGGCAUCUGCAUGCCAAUUAUUCGACAAGAUUGAGAAAAGAGAUGCUGUCUCUUGGAGUAUUAUGCUUCGAAACUAUAGUCGCCACGGUAUGCUCAAUGAAGCAUUGAACCUUGUGAGAGAAAUGCAUGCUAUUGGAGUGAAGCCUAGUGAAAUUGCAAUGAUAAGCAUCAUUCAUGUAAUUGCAGAACUUGCUGAUAUGAAAUUGGGUAAAGGCAUUCAUGCUUAUGUCACAAGGAACAUGAGCUAUGAGAAACCAAGUGUUCCUCUAAGUACUGCUUUGAUAGAUUUGUAUGCUAAAUGUGCAAAUUUAGCUUAUGCAAGAAGAAUUUUCGACAAUUUGUCCGCGGCAAGUAUAAUCUCCUGGACUGCUAUGAUUGCAGCCUAUAUCCAUUGCAAUGAUUUGAAUGAGGGUUUUAGGCUGUUUAUCAAAAUUCUAGAUGAGGGUGUGUUUCCAAAUGAUAUCACAAUCCUUAGUUUGGUCAAAGGAUGCGGCGCAGCCAGAGCACUAAAACUAGGCAAGUUGUUACAUGCUUUUACAUUAAGAAAUGGGAUUGCCAUGUCUUUAAAUCUAGCCACCGCUUUUCUUGAUAUGUAUGGCAAAUGCAGCGAUGUAAGAAGCGCGAGAUCUGUUUUCAAUAAUAGCACCAAGAACAAAGAUUUAAUGAUGUAUAGCGCCAUGAUUUCGGCUUAUGCGAAAGCUGAUUGUAUAGAUGAGGCAUUUGAUAUAUUUGCUCAGAUGACUGGAUGUGGAAUUAAACCAAAUGAGAUAACCAUGGUUAGCCUCCUUUCGCUAUGUGCAAAAUCUGGAUCACUUGAAAUGGGUAAGUGGAUACAUUCUUACUUAGACAAACAAGGAAUCAAAGCAGAUAUGGUUCUGAAAACAUCUUUGGUGGACAUGUAUUCGAAGUGUGGAGACAUAGAUACAGCUUAUGGACUAUUCAUCAAGGCCAACGACCGAGAUAUUUCUAUGUGGAAUGCCAUGAUAUCUGGUUUUGCAAUGCAUGGUCAUGGUAAUUCAGCAUUGGAACUCUUUGCUGAAAUGGAAGCACAAGGAGUUAUCCCUAAUGACAUAACAUUCAUUGCAGUUCUUCAUGCUUGUAGCCAUGCCGGAUUGGUUCAAGAAGGGAAGAGGCUGUUUUGCAGAAUGGUUAAUGAAUUCAGUUUGGUCCCAAAGAUUGAACACUAUGGCUGUAUGGUAGACCUUCUCAGUCGAGCAGGAUCACUCGAAGAAGCUCAAGAACUAAUUAAGGACAUGCCUAUGAGGCCAAACUCGGCUGUAUUAGGAUCUUUUCUUGCUGCUUGCAAAGUUCACAAAAAUGUGAACCUUGCUGAAUGGGCUGCAAAACAGUUUCUAUCAUUAGAACCCGAAAAAUGUGGAUACAAUGUCCUAAUGUCAAACAUCUGGGCUGCAUCAAACAGAUGGGAAAAUGUUGCUGAUAUAAGGAGAGCUAUGAAGGAUGCAGGGAUUCAUAAAGAACCGGGUUUCAGCUCCAUUGAAGUGCAUGGAACGAUUCAUGAAUUUGUAAUGGGAGAUAGAGAACACCCAGAAACACCAAAGAUUUAUGAAAUGAUUGGUGAGAUGAGAGAAAAGCUAGAACAUGCUGGAUACACUCCAAAUGUAUCUGUUGUGCUGAAGAACAUAGAUAUGGAGGAAAAAGAGAGUGCAGUAAAUUAUCACAGUGAAAAACUUGCAAUGGCUUAUGGUUUGAUUAGCACAGGUCAUGGAAUUCAGCUUCGGAUUUUGAAGAAUCUUAGAAUAUGUGAAGACUGUCAUAAUGCAACAAAGUUGGUGUCCAAGAUUUAUGGGAGGGAGAUAAUUGUGAGGGAUCGUAAUCGCUUUCACCAUUUCAAAGAAGGAUUUUGUUCUUGUAAUGAGUAUUGGUAG